CCAAAUUCUUCAUCCACACAUGUAAAUGGGUAAUAGAAAUCACACCUUUUCAUCCUUUAAAAGAUACAUUGUGGACAACUAUUUAAGUGCCUUAAUGCUGGUUAAAAAAAAAACAACAAAAAAACCAAAACAAACAACGAACAACUCCCUCCCUACCUAUCCCCUCCACCCCCUCCCCUCCUCAGCCAGUUUGCCGCGACUCUGAAUAUAUCGUCGGCUCUGGCCAGCUCCUAUACACGCGUGUAGCCAAGUCUGCCAUCGUGUCUUUGUGUGUUUCGAUCAUGUCCGUUGUUAAAAUCACUUCAAGACUACUCGGGGUCGCCACAAUCACCGUCCUGGUCGUGCUGCUGCUGCGGAAUUGGAGGGCAGACAAACAGUACGUUUUCAACAAAGAAGAUAUUGCCAAGUUGGCCAAACAAUAUGCAGGACAGGACCAUGAGCAGACUUUCUCCGAAGUAGUGGUGGAGCUCAGAAAGAGGUAUCCUGGUCACAUCCUGCCUGAUGAGGACCUGCAGUGGGUGUUUGUGAAUACUGGAGGCUCGAUGGGCUCCAUGUGUGUCCUCCAUGCCUCUCUCACAGAGUACUUGAUGCUGUUUGGUACUGCAGUGGAUACAGGUGGACAUUCAGGUCGGUACUGGGUUGACAUCUCUGACACCAUCAUCUCUGGCACAUUCAGACAGUGGAAGGAGGGUACUACCAAGAGUGAAAUAUACCAUCCUGGUGACACCGUUGUACACGGAGCAGGAGAAGCCACAUCGGUGCAGUGGAGUGCAGGGACUUGGAUGGUUCAGUAUGGCCGAGGCUUCGUUCCUUCCACGCUGGGCUUUGCUCUAGCAGACACCAUGUUCAGCACCCAGGACUUCCUCACCAUGUACUAUACUCUACGUAUUUACAUGAAGGGUCUGCUCCUCAAGACCGGUACACUACUUACAGAGGCUGGAGUUUUCUAAGGUGCAGUAGGGGAUGAGAUACUUGCACACUGACAAUGACAUCUAAUCACCCCCCACAAGUCCUGUGGAGUGGAUGAUUGAUUUUUAUCUGUAAUUUUUGACAAUCUGAUUUGCAUCAAUUGUUCUUGUCCUCAUUAAAGUUUAGGCUAUACACAAAUGUUUAAAUCUGUCUUAAAAUUUCCAUUGAAACAUUUUAUUGUGAGUUUGGCAAUAAGACUUUUUUUUACUUCUUUCAACAUCCAUGUGAGAGCUCAGACUGCCUAUAUAGUCACCCAGGUCUAUAAUCUAUAUUAUUUUAGGAUCUAGUCUCAAGAUUUGAGGCCUUACAGAUUCUCUUCAAAAUGUUUGUUUUUCACAUCACAUUUGUGGACAGAACUUUUACAAAAGAAUAUGCAAUGUUUUAUGUGGCUCUUUAAACCGAAAAAAACCCCCAUUAUUUUCUUAUUAGACGCUAAUUUUGUAUGUAUAUGCCUUUGGAGUUGCUAUAAAAAUGCUCAUCAGUUUAGUUUUAUGAGUGAUAAAUCUUUUUACCAGCUUCAGAAACCAGCAGAAUUGAAGAAACAUGUUUUCUCCAAAGAUUUUGGCAUCAUUCACCACUUUCAUCUGACCUCAUUGCACUAUAUGUUCCUUAGAAAAUGUUUAAAACCUGUGAGAAAUCUUGAUGUUGUAGCAGCCACCAUGGUACAUGCUCAUCUCCUGCAGAGCUACUGUGCACCAGCAGAUGUUAGUAGUGCAAUUUUAACUAUUUUUUUCUCUCUCACUCACCCGUAUUGUUUGGAUUUAAGGUCUAAAAAUUCAGUAUCAGUCCAUAAGUGUUGAUUUUUUUUAACACCCCUCAGGGUUUUUUUUGUUUGUUUUGUUAGUUAGUUAGUUUUGUUUUAUUUUUGGCCCCCAGGGUUUUUUAAAAAAUGUUUUUCAAAAUUUAACACUGUAAAUUUGCACAUCAUGUUGAGCCAAACAGUUUUCACAGAAAGUGAAUGUUUGUGUAAUUCUUUUUCUUAUGUAUAGCUAAUCGGUUUAAUGAAUGUGUAAACUUGGUGGUUUUAAUUCAAACAAUGUUGGAAAGAGUGGGAAUGAGGAGAAGGGCUGAAAAACUGAGCUCCUUCACUUCAACACCUUAAGGUGUCACGUUGAUUUUUGCUGUAGCCCUCCAGAAAAAAGGAAAGGAAAACAAAACACAUGUCCACAGCUUCAUAUUUUAUAGAUAAUAAAUGUGUUUAACUUUUGAAAUCCUGCUGUAAAAGCAAACCUCUACUGCUGCCAUUACUACAGCUGAACCAUAACCAUGGUUUUAUUACUCUACAAACAGCAGUGUGUAAAGUAAUUGUACUUUAUGUGCAAUUUACUGAGUAAAGAUUGAAACUGACAAUGCCAGGUGAAAUAAAUGUUUU